AUGAUCCAACAAGAUGAACGAUCUCUCAUGAAUCUCCCAAAGGAACUCCUAAUCCAUAUAUCAUCAUUCCUAUCAAAAACCUCAGACCUCAACGCUCUCUGUCGAACAAAUAGCAUAUUCCAUGACCUGCUCACCAAAAUCCUCUAUCGCCUGGAUAUCCACCAAACCAGCAUUGCCCUCCACUGGUCCGCAAAGUAUAAUCAACCCUCAACAACGAAGAAAUGUCUCUCCGCUGGCGCAGAUCCACAACUCAUUUCGGACUUCGACAAGAACGUUAAAGGCUGCACCCCACUACUUUUAGCAGCCUACUACGGUAGCGAGGGCGUCUUAUCUCUCCUGCUAGAAAACGACGAUAUAAACUUCAACCCAAACGCGCGAGAUAGGAAAUAUCUCCGGCCACCAAUUUCCUGGGCCGUGAAACAGGGCCAUCGACAUAUUGUCCGUGCGCUACUGAGAGACGAGCGCGUGGACGUUAAUCUGGAAGACAAGAAUGGGGACACGGCACUGCUGACAGCAGCUAACAUCUCGGACUGGGAGACCGUUUCAUUACUUGUAGGAAGUGGGCGUGCAGAUCCAAGAUUACGAAACCGACAGGGUGCAACGGCCUUAUCGAAAGCUAGUCGUGAUCGGGAGGCGGAAGGCGACGUGGAUCUCUUAUUCGCUACGCAUUUGAGACUUAUUCUUGAUGGGAAUACUGAGGAAGCUCAUAUCCAACAUGUGUUCUUCUAUGCGGCUAUUAUGGGUCAAUUGGAGAUUGUGCAGUAUCUUGUACAGUUUUUUGGGGAGAAGCUUGAUCCUAAUGGUGGUGAUCAUGGGUAUGGACGUGGAGCAUUCUCUAUAGCUGUGGAUCGGGAGCAGAUUGAGGUUGUGCGGUUCUUAUUGGGGUGGGAGAAGACGGAUCCAAAUUUAAGAGAUGGGUGGCAGCAUCAGACGCCGCUUUUUGUGGCGGCUAAGCAGGGCCGGGUUGGGGUUGUGGAUGUUUUGGUUCAAAGUGAGCGGGUGGAGUUGGAGUUGGCGGAUGUUCAUGGGACUACGCCUUUGAGUGAGGCUGCGACGAUGGAGAGAAAUGGAGGCGUGAUUAAUAGUUUGGUGACGGGGCCACGGGGGGCAAAUCCGAAUGCUAGGGAUCAGAAUGGGGAGACGGCGUUGUAUAAGGCUGCCGCUAUGGGAUUCUUGGAGAAUGUUAAUGCUCUGUUGGAAGCUGGGGGGAUUGAUGCUACUUUAGAGGAUAUGGAGGGGAGAACGCCGUUGGAUAUAGCCAGGGAUCAUGAGUAUCCGCUUGUAUGUAAGAGAUUGGAAAGUAUAUAG